UCGCUUUUAAAAAUGUUUGUUCGAAGUGGAUAAGAUCCUCCAUUAAUCCUACUCUCUUCCACCUCCUCAAAAACUACCCAUAAAUGCUCUCAAGUCCCUUCAUUCAGAAACUUCCCUUUUCUCUCUUCUUCUUCACCAAAAACCCAUCAUAUUUUUGGCCUUUAAUGGGUGCCAACAUAUCUGGUGGUGGUUCAAUCGACGGCGAUGAAACCGGUCCUCCAUUAAGGCCAAGACUCGAUGACAUACCAGAGAGCUGCGCCGCCUUGAUUCUAGCAAGGUUAAACCCACCGGAGAUUUGUAACUUGGCUCGAUUGAAUAGGUCUUUUCGUAGUGCUUCAUUGGCUGAUUUCAUAUGGGAAUCGAAAUUGCCAUCAAAUUAUAAGUUGAUUGUGGAAAAAGUGUUUGUUGAAGAAGAUAGAGAUUUGAUGAAUUUGAAGAAGAAAGAUGUUUAUGCUAGGUUGACGAAGCCUAUCCCUUUUGAUGGUGGCACAAAGGAGAUAUGGCUGGAUAAGAACACAGGUGGGGUUUGUUUAUCAAUGUCUUCUAAGGCGUUGACAAUUACAGGGAUUGAUGAUCGGAGAUAUUGGAACCAUAUUUCCACCGAGGAAUCUAGAUAUCGAACAGUAGCCUACCUCCAACAAACAUGGUGGUUCGAAGUCGAUGGAGAGCUCGAGUUUCAAUUCCCUGCCGGAACAUAUUCCCUAUUCUUUAGACUCCACCUCGGGAAAUCCUCAAAAAGACUCGGCCGUCGGGUUUGCAACACCGAGCACGUCCACGGAUGGGACAUAAAACCUGUCCAAUUCCGACUAACAACUUCGGACGGCCAACAGGUCGUAUCUCGGUGUUAUUUAGACAAUCCAGGGAGCUGGGUUCUCUACCAUGUCGGAGAUUUCAACGUUGAGAACUCUAAUGCAUUGACAAACAUCAAAUUUUCAUUGACUCAAAUUGAUUGCACUCAUACAAAAGGAGGCCUUUGUGUUGAUGCUGCAUUUAUAUACCCCAGUAGUGUAAGAAAAGAGGUUAAAUUGUGUUCAUGAGAAAAUUAAGAGGUGUAAACUGUAAAUACUGUAAAUCUAGGUUGCUUUUUGAUAGCUCUAGUCUGGAUGUUGUGGUUAUUAUUAUUUUCCUCAAAUAAUAACAAAUUUUGCUGCAAUGAUUAUUUUUUUGUUUUGUAAUGUCACAAUAGGAAUUUGAAACUAUGUUGUUAAUUGGUGGUGUUUGAAUUAAAACUACUUGAAUUGGUUUUAUAGUAUAAA